AUGCAACUCACCCACUGUUGUAAGGUCGGAGCUGGCCCUGCCGGCUUAAUAUCUGCGUUGGUGCUCGCAAAGAACGGCAUCAAACCUCGCAUCGUUGACAGGGAUGACAAAUUCCACGUAGGAUCGCGUGGCUUUGGCAUUCAGCCCCGCACGUUCGAGCUUUUCCAAACUCUGGGCAUCGUGGAAGAUCUGAAGAAGCUAGCGACACCCAUCCCUACCAUGAGAGCCUAUAAGCUCCCUGGAGGAAUAGAGCCCGUCAAGACGUGGGAUCUUUACGAGAAAAGUGAGAUCUGGCCGGAUCGCCCGUAUGCCAAUGGCGCCUGUCUCAGUCAAGCAGUGCUAGAGAAGGUUAUCAGAGCCCACUUGGAGAAGUAUGGCGUGACUGUCGAACUGAACAAAGGUCUUAUCGCGAUCGAGCAAGACGCCGACGUCGUAACAGCUACUAUUGCAAUCCAUAGAUCCGGUGUCCCGACGGAGGAGCGUGAGGUGGUGGUCGCGAAAUACUUGAUUGGCGCCGAUGGCGCUAAAGGAUCCUGUCGCAAGCUGUUAGGCUUCACCUUCGGGGGAGAGACACGCGAUUCAGAUGGCAUGGUAUGGGGAGAUGUCGAGAUUCAAGGACUUACAAACGAUUACUGGCAUAUCUGGGGAAAGCCUGGGCAAUUCACGCAAGUAGAUGACCAUGCGGGACGUUCGAUCAUGGCGCGGCCUUUGAGUCCGUCAGGCAACACGUUCGGCAUCGGGAUCACGGGCCAGAACUUCGACCCAACAGAGCUCGCACAGCGCGAGAGUGUGAUCUCGUUCAUUCGUCGGGAAACCGGUCGGGGUGAUCUAGAGUUCGGAGAAUUCAGCUGGCUUUCUUACUUCAAACCUAACAUGCGCAUGGUCAAUAAGUUCCAUGAGGGCAGAGCGUUCCUCGUUGGAGACUCUGCGCACGUCCAUUCUCCGACUGGAGGCCAAGGGAUGAAUUGUAGCGUCCAAGAUGCUUCAAACCUCGGGUGGAAGCUCGCGCUGGUGAUCAAAGGCCUUGCUCCUCCGUCAUUGCUCCUCUCAUACACGGAGGAAAGGUUGCCGGUGAUCGCCCAGAUGUUGCACGCAACAACGGCUCUGUACACUCAUACUGUGGCGAAAGAGCGGCCCCUCGAGACGCCGGUAAAGGAGGCGUCCGAGGGCGAGAACGCUUCCGGCUGGUUCCGAUGGAGGAACUCGGCUCUGGAGAUGUAUGGCAUCAACUAUCGCUACAGCGAAAUCGUCCUCGAGCAGCGCGACCCGAACGACCUGACAAAGGAGGAUGCCCUGGGACGGGCAUAUUCCGGCUACGAAGGCCACGGCAAUCUGCGAGCGGGCGAUCGCGCACCAGAUGCCCCGGGACUCGUGGCUGGAGAUGGAACCGAAACGUCGCUCUUCGGCAUUUUCAAGGUCGAAAAGCAUACGGUUCUGGUUUUUACGGCAUCUGGCGAUGCUGACAACGUCGACUUGAAGAGCGACAUGCCCGACUCUGUGGCUACCCACAGUCAGAUCUUCCAGAUCUGCAACGAGGCGGGCACCGCUUACCAGAGCGACGUCCAAGUACUCCAUGAUCGUGACGGCCAUGCUCGCGGAGCCUACUUCGCCGAAGCUAAUACCACCAACGUGGUGAUCGUGCGACCAGACGGCUUCGUAGGCGCCAUCGUCCGCGACCAGGACGGGGUAAGACAGUACUUCUCGAAGAUUUUUUACUAG